AUGGCGUCUCGCUGCCUCUCUUCACUCACUCGAAAGACAUUCGCUCAGUUGCAAAGACGUUGUAUUUCAACCUCAACAAUACUCAGAAAUGAAGCUGUAACACCAAUUAUAGCAGGAACUCUACCUGCGCAGAAGAAGCCCAUUGGCGGGUUUCGGGGCGGGAUUGUGGGGUUUCUGUUCGGAUUCUCACUAGCAUCAUCAUUCGCCGCUUAUCAACUGUUGGACGAGUAUAAACAGGCGUCUGCUGCUUUACAAGCAAGCGUGGAGGAGUUGAGGGUCAGUACAGAGAAGGUGACGACACAAGUGCGACGGAUAGAAGCGGUGGAGAAAGACUUGAAAGCAUUAUCAGAAUCGUCUGCGUCUAAAGAAGAGAUUUCGCGUGUUCGUGCAGAGGUUAGGAAGCUCUAUGAUGGGUUGCAUGUUGAAUUCCUGGAUCUACGGACACAUGUUUGGGGGAUCCAACAAGAUGUGCAUGCGCUGACGAAGAAACAGCAGGUGUAG